UGUCAUCCAACAUAGUACGAUUGUGGUGUACUAAAAGUUGGACAAAGAUUUUAGAGGUUUGAGGCAGAAUAUCUGUCCCUUCAUCCCUUGCUUACCAAUGCUAACUUCAAUCUCACUUCAUGUAGGAAUGAAAGGCUACUGAGACAGGUACUGAUCUUUUAAAUGAACAAAUCAGACUAAACCUUUGAAAUGGACAGUCCACCAGUUCACCUAUUCACAAUACGGACUGCACACCUCAACAUAUCACUCGACCUAUAACUCCUUCAUCCCACAGAAGGAGCAAACAACUCUUUCCAGUGAUAUUUUCCCCAGAUCACAAACAAUGGCCACUGAGGUUGAUGUGAACAAAUCUCGCCGCUUCGAUCGUGGCAUGUCGAGGCGAACACGAAGACCUGCGAGCCUCGUCGCUAGUUAUGAAGAUCAGUAUAUGCCUCCCCUGGCACGACAGCUACUCCAGGAAGCCAGGUUGAAGAGAUUGUUUCAGUGCGAAGAUGCAGAGCUGCAGGCACCUCAGCCAUGUGAUGAUGCAGAGCAGCAGAUGGAGAUUCUACAGGCGCCACAGGAGUUUGAAGUUAUUGAGAAGAAGGUACCAGAGCAAUAUCAAGAUCACCAGGAGAAGAAAUCCCUGCAAUCUGAAGAUGAAGAGGAGAAGGAACCACAGCCACACCAAGAUGAGGAGCACAACAUACCAAAGCAAUAUCAAGAUGAGGAGUAUCAACCGCAGAACUUUGAAGAUGAAGAGGACGAGAAGAAACCACACCAGUAUCAAGAUGAAGAGCAGAAUAUACCAAAGCAAUAUCAAGAUGAGGAGAAAUCAGGGCAGCAACACGAAGAUGAUAAUGCGCCAGAGAAAUCCCUAGAUGAGGAACAAAAGGCACCAGAGCAAGACCAACAGAAGGUGGAUGAGCAGAACAUACCAGAGAAAGAUCAAGGUGAGGUGCAAAGGACAGAACAACAAUACCAAGAUGAGAAGGAACUAGAGCAAUGCCAAGAUGAGAAGCAAAAGAGACCAGAGAAAUUCAAAGACGAGGAAGAGAAGACAGGUAAACAAUGCAAGGAUGAUGAUGAGAAGACAUCGGAACAGUAUCAAGAUGAAGAGGAGAAGACAUCAGUGCAAUAUCAAGAUGAAAAGCAGAAGGAACAGAAGGGAUGCCAAGGAACGGAUCAGAAGACCCUGGUGCAACAUCUAGAAAUGCCGUUCACGCCACUGCCUGUCGGCAACAUGCCUCGGCUUUCCCUUUUGGAGCUGAUACGAGAGAAGCAGCUUGGCACUGGAGAACCAAAAGCUACCAGCAACUUCGGCUACGGGGAGAAUGCCCAUGCUGCUCAUAGAGCCCCAGGAGCAGCAGCCGGUGGCACAACAUUGGCUAUGGUGAUAAGGCGACAUGAUGGAGGGAAGAAGCCGACGGGAAUCAUCCGCCGGUGCGUGAAGGCCUUGAACCAGAUGGUCAAGGCUAAGCAUGGAUCCAAGAAGAAUGUACCUUUCAAGGAGGUAUGAAUACUGGUCCACACUCCAUAGUUCCUUAUUAAAUUCUGGACAUCCAAAAUAAUGUACUAUUGUGCAAAAACUAAAUUUUGGGCAUGAUGCAAGAUGUGCAAAAUCUGUAAGGAACUCCACAGCAAAUCCUGCCGUCUACCUAGAA